AUGUCAUUCUUGGAUAAAUCAACUUCACGUCCAGCAAAGUCAUCCAAAGUAAGAUUAUAUUCCUCACGAUUUGAUCCAUAUAGUGCAUCUCUUCGAUAUGUUUUACGAGCUAAAGGUAUUGAUUUCGAAGAUUGUUAUAUUAACCUACAAGAUAAGCCCGAAUGGUAUAACGACAUCAACCCAACCGGUGAGAUUCCUUGCGUAGAGUGUGGGGAUGAGGUGAUCCCUGAAAGUAUGAUCAUCCACGACUACUUGGAAGCUAAAUUUCCACAAGUAAAAAUGCAACGAACUGGGGAUGCUUACAAGUGGAGCAAAGAUCGCUUAUUUGUCACUCGAUUUAAGCAAAAUGUAGUGCCAAAGAUUACUGGCUGCCUUAAAAAUCCCAAUGAUAAUGUCGAUGAUCUCCUUGCAAAAUUAAAAAAGGUAGAUGAGAUUUUAGGAAUGCGAGGAACAGAUUAUAUCGGUGGCGAUAAACCAAAUUAUGCAGAUUAUUAUUUGUUUGCUUGGGUUGAAGUGAUUCCAUCGUUGAAAGCCGCUCAUGAUCUAAAAAUUGACAUCCACAAUGAUAAAGCUUACAAGAAUUAUUUUGCGUGGGUUUUCCGAAUGGAUAAAGAUAAACAUAUUGAACAAGACCGUGUUGAUCGUAAGGUUAACUUUCAAACUCGAACUGAAUACUUGAAAACGGUCAAGGCUGGGAGCCCAAAUAUGAAAGUUGGACUUUAA